UGGGGUGCGCGCUGGAUGCCGCCCGCCGCCGGGAUGCUCCCCGGACCCACCCCCCCCCCCCCCCCCCCAGCAGCUCCGCUCCGCCGGCUCCUCCCGCCGCGGGCCGGCUCCCGGUUGCACGUGGCGCGGCGGCUGCCCGCCCCCCCGGCCCACGUGUGCCGCCGCGCCGUGCCGUGCGGUGCCGGCUCCCCGCUGCAGUCCCGGGGCGGCGAGCGGGCGCUGCGGUGUCGGUGCAGCGGCAUGGCGGCGGGCCCGGGGCGCAGCGGCGGCGGCUGGGGCCGGAGCCGGGGUGCCGUGCUGCUGCUCUUUUUCUCGCUGUCUCCGCGGCCGCCGGCCGGAGCCGCCUGGCUGCUGGGGCUGCGGCCCGAGGACACCGCUCCGGGCCGGGUGUCCCUAGAAGGCGGCGCGGUGCAGGCGGCGGAGGGGAGCCGCUUCCUCCUGCGCCUCUACUUCCAGCCGCCGCCCGAGGGCAACGGCAGCCGCGGGCCGGCGGAGGAGCGGGAGCCGCGGCUAGUCUUCAUCGAGGAGGCGGCUCCGGCGGCGGCGGGGGGCAAGACGGCGCGGGGCCCGGCGGAGCGGUGCCGGGAGCGCAGCGCCUGGGCCUCGGACGUGGAGGUGGUGGGGCCGCUGCGCUCGGGCGGGGCGGCGGGCUCGGCGCUGGCCGAGGUGCGAGUGCGGGAGCCGCGCAAGGGCGAGGCGGCGGCGGCGCCGGGCGGGCGGCUCUUCUCGCUGUGCGCCUGGGACGGGCGGGCCUGGGCGCACCACGGCGCGGCGGGCGGCUUCCUGCUGCGGGUCCGGCCCGCCUCCCCGGCGCUAGGAGCCUGGCUGCUGCCGCUGCCUGAGGCGGGCUGGCUGCGGGCGCUGGGCGCCCUGCUGCUGCUGGGGCUGUCGGCGCUGUUCAGCGGGCUGCGCCUCUCGCUGCUUUCGCUGGACCCGCUGGAGCUCCGCGUCCUGCGCAAUAGCGGCUCUGCCGCCGAGCGGGAGCAGGCGCGGCGGGUGCAGGCUGUGCGCGGCGGCGGCGGCACUUACCUGCUGUGCACGCUGCUGCUGGGGCAGGCCGGGGCCAACGCGGCCCUGGCCGGCUGGCUCUGCGCAUCGCUGCCAGGCGGCGGAGCGGCAGCGGCGGCCGCGGGGCAGCGCGGAGCUCCCUGGCUGCCGGUGCUGCUGUGCACCGCCGCCGUCUUCCUAGGCGGCGAGGUGCUGCCCUACUCCGUCUGCUCGCGACACGGGCUGGCCAUCGCCUCCCGCACCUUGUGCCUCACCCGGCUGCUGAUGCUGGCCGCCUUCCCCCUCUGCUACCCGCUCAGCCGGCUGCUGGACUGGGCUCUGCGGCAGGAGCUCAGCGUCUUCUCCACGAGGGAGCGUCUGCUGGAGACGCUGCGCGCCGCUGGCCCCCACGGAGACCUCGUGCGGGAGGAGUUGGCCAUGGUGCAGGGAGCGCUGGAGCUGCGCACCAAGGUGGUGGAGGAUGUGCUGACGCCGCUGGCCGACUGCUUCAUGCUGCGUGCCGACGCCGUGCUGGACUUCGCCACUGUCUCUGAGAUCCUCCGCUCCGGCUACACCCGCAUCCCCGUCUAUGAAGGCGACCGGCGUGAUAACAUUGUCGAUCUGCUCUUCGUCAAGGACCUGGCCUUCGUCGACCCCGAUGACUGCACCCCUCUGCAGACUGUCACCCGCUUCUACCGCCGCCCGCUCCACUGUGUCUUCAACGACACGCGCCUCGACACGCUGCUUGAGGAGUUCAAGAAGGGAAAGUCCCACCUGGCCAUCGUGCAGAGGGUGAACAACGAAGGGGAAGGAGACCCAUUCUACGAGGUGAUGGGCAUUGUCACCCUGGAAGAUGUCAUUGAGGAGAUCAUCAAGUCCGAGAUCCUGGAUGAGACGGAUCUGUACACGAACAAUCGGAAGAAGGAACGUGUGCCCCACCGGGGUCGCAAGCCCCAGGACUUCUCCAUCUUCAGGCUCUCAGACAGCGAGAUGAAGGUGAAGAUCUCCCCGCAGCUCCUCUUGGCCACCCAUCGGUUCAUGGCAACAGAAGUGGAGCCUUUCAAGUCCCCCUACCUCUCUGAGAAGAUCCUGCUCCGGCUCCUCAAGCACCCCAACGUCAUCCAGGAGCUCAAGUACGACCGCAAGAACAAGAAGGCGGCGGAGCAUUACCUUUACCAGCGCAACCGCCCUGUUGACUACUUUGUCCUCAUCCUGCAGGGGAAAGUGGAGGUGGAGAUUGGCAAGGAAGGGCUGAGGUUUGAGAAUGGGGCAUUCACAUACUAUGGCGUCCCUGCCAUCAUGGCUGUUGUCUCCUCAGCUCUCAUUUCAGAUAACGAUGUGCGAAAAGUGGGCAGCCUGGCUGGAUCCUCCUUCCUAUUGCCUGUCUCAGUGUCCCGUACCUUCGCCUUCAGCAGAGGGGACUCACUGGCUGGCUCUCCAGUGAACAGGUCACCAUCGCGGUGCAGCGGGCUCAACCGCUCCGAGUCCCCCAACUGGGAACACAACGACUACGGGGGCAGCAACACACAGCUCCACAGCAGCAGCAACAACAUCUACACCCCCGACUACUCCGUGCACAUCCUCUGCGAUGUGCAGUUCGUCAAGGUCACCCGGCAGCAGUAUCACAACGCACUGGUGGCCAGCCGCAUGGACAGCUCGCCACAGUCCCCUGACAUAGAGGCCUUCGACAGGGAUUCAACCAAGGCCUCGACCCUGCGGGGAACUCCACAGACACCCAAGGAGGAUCCCACCACCCUUCUGAACGAGAAGAACACCAUCAUGUGCAACCGCUCUGAAGGACUGCACAGUCCCAGUGAGUCAGUGUUCCUGCGCAUGGAGAGCAUCCCCUUCAUCCAGGAGGAGACGGCUGACAACGAGGAGAACAGCAAGCAUCAGAACAGUGAGCGCUGCGGCACUGUCCUGGAGCCAGAGUCCCCUGGCAGAGAGACUGAGACCAGCUCAACUCCAAGCAGCAAUGAGGAGACGCUGGGCAGGAGGCUGCUGAGAUCCCUGAGUGGGCGCAAGCAGCGGCCAUCGCUGGAGGAUGAGAAGUUGCCAGAGGAGAGCUCCAAUCUUGACCCAUUAAUCACCUGAGCAGCAGCGUGGCCAGAGCACAGUGCUGGAGGCCCAUGCAGACUGGAGGUCUGCAGCAUGGGGGUCUCCUGCCACGAGGCUUAUGUUCAACAGCAGCAGGUCUGCACCUGCUCGCUGCCUGCCCGCUCGCGCCUCCCCUCCCUGCAGGACUUGUGCAGAGCCCCAUCCCCAGGCGAGAAAGGAUGUGCCCCCAGCAGGGCUGAACCACCCAGGCAGCCCAGACCAGCCAGCUGGAGUCCGAGGGCCCUUGCCCUGCUGCUCCCUGGUAGCAUCUGGUCUCAAGGAAGAGGUGGAAAAAGUAGAGAAGUGUUUGUUAUGGCCUCCCUGCAGGCAGAGCCGGGGGGCAGCUGAACCCAGAAUCUCCCUUAACAUCAUCUGCCAUCCCCAUCCCAGAGAGCCCCAGAGCCCCUUGGUGCUGGCGCUGCACAGAUGCGGUCUCCACCACGAAGAGAAUGUACUGUGUGGGGGGUGCCACAUGCAGCUCAGGGCCCCAGCACACAUUUGUGCCAUGCCUAGUGACACGCACACUCGCAGCACCUUGCACACACUGACCAUCGACACAGCCCAGUGCUCCCGACCCCUGCUAGGCACAGGGCAGGGAGCCCAGCUCCCUGGGGCUCCACGCUGCCUUGAACCAUCCUCCUCUCUGCACACGUCUGCCUGUGUGAGGGAGGCUUGCACCGAGCCUUUGGGUUGGUACAGAUCAGUCAGUAGUGUUUGUAGAGGCUGAAAGCAACAGGGAUAUUACCAUUAAAAGUGAUUUCUCCCUG